AAGGUGUUGUGCGGAUUGUGCGUGGCCUGGUGAAAAGAUGGCAACAAUUGGAGCGGAUCGAGAGGAACAUUUAAAGCAAGCGCGUGCUCCACGCCAACGCAAAGACUUCAACCUGGCCGGAAGCGGAAGUGUCAAACCCAACGGCAACAACAACAAUAACAACAACCACAACAACCUUUAUAAGACUGAGCAACGGCCGUCCAAAAAGGCAGCACAAAAAAUGGCAUCUACUGGCGAAAUUUGGCUGCAAUGGUUCUCAUGCUGUUUCCAACAGCAGCGCUCCCCUUCUCGCCGACCUCAUCAACGCCUGCGAAUCGAUCGCUCGAUGAUCGGGAAUCCUACGAAUUUCGUGCACACCGGACACAUUGGAUCCGCCGAUGUGGAGCUGUCCGCCAAUCGGCUGAACGCGAUCUCAACUCAAAUGCAGAGCAAGGGCGGCUAUGAGACAAACUCGAUACAUUCGCUGCACGCCUGCUGAUGGAAAACCUCCACAACCAACGGCUAUUAAAAGCAUUUUGUGCAAUUUUCUUCAAAACAACAACCAAAGUCGAAGAAGAAGAAAAAUAUAAUAACUAUAAAGGAAAUACAGCAAUCUUGUAUUUAAAUAAUUGUUUGUUAAACGCGAGCGUGUUAUCAGGCAGCGAUGGUGACUAAUCGAAGGAGGAGAUGGAGGAACCAACUGCGUGGUUGCUGACAACGGAAA